GGCACCAGGCAUCACCACAGGCGGUGACUUCAACAGCUCCGCAAAACUUAAACAUAGACGACGGACAAUGUGCUGAAGAGUAGCCGGCACCGUCUCUCUGUUGUAUGACGAUACUCGGGAGGAAAUUACGCUGCAUGACUUUUUUUUUUUCAGCGAAAAGAAGAGACUGGUUAACAGCAGAUAUAUAUAUAUAUACACCACUUUAAUGACUCUGCAGAAUGACAAGUCAAACACGGGUACUUUAGUGCUUUUAACAACAACAACCGGGGAUAGCUAACUUAGCCUAGUAGUCAAACUAACAUUAGCUCGACGCUAAUUCUCAGUCAGCUGGGAUUUGUUUUGUCCGUUAUUCUUCAAUUGAAAGUCUCCCAACUUUAUAAAGUUACCUCCAGGUUAAAUAGCUCAAAGGCAGCUCUGAUUUCCGAGCUGUUUAACGUGGCUCAGAGUGAAUACAGACACGUCUUUUAGCUGACUUGGAAUCAAAAAAGGAUUUACUACUUGAAGAGAAACAAACACUGGACAUUAACUUACCUAUACCGAGGAGCUGAAUGGCCUCCGUUGUUGCAGUGAAAACUGAGAAGCGACCUGCAGCUGACUCUCAGGAUGCAGACUCCAAUGCAAAAAAGCCCAGGAAACUGCUGCCCAGCCUUAAGACCAAACGAGCCCCGGAGCUUGUCCUGGUGAUCGGCACGGGGGUGAGCUCUGCAGUGGCCCCUCAGGUCCCUGCGCUACGCUCCUGGAAGGGCCUCAUCCAGGCCUUGCUUGAUGCAGCCAAUGACUUUGACCUACUAGAGGAGGAGGAGAGUCGGCGUUUCCAGAAGCACAUGCAGGAAGAUAAGAAUUUGGUGCAUGUGGCCCAUGACCUCAUUCAGAAACUUUCCCCGAGAACAGGCAACGUGCGGUCCACAUUCUUCAAGGACUGUCUGUACGAGGUGUUUGACGAUUUGGAGUGCAAGAUGGAGCACGCAGGGAAACAUCUACUGCGCUCAGUGCUGCAGUUAAUGGAGAGCGGCGCGCUGGUCCUUACUACUAACUUUGACAACCUGUUGGAGAUCUAUGCAGCUCACCAGGGCACCAAGCUGGAGUCUUUGGACCUGACGGAUGAGAAGAAGGUGUUGGAGUGGGCUCAGGAGAAACGGAGGUUAAGUGUUCUGCAUAUCCACGGUGUUUACACCAACCCCAGUGGUAUUGUACUGCACCCUGCUGGCUACCAGAAUGUACUGAGGAACACUGAGGUUAUGCGUGAGAUCCAGAAGCUGUACGAGACCAAAUCGUUCGUGUUUCUCGGCUGCGGGCGCACAGUAGACGACACGACCUUCCAGGCUCUGUUCUUGGAGGCGGUCAAACACAAGUCGGACCUGGAACACUUCAUGCUUGUGCGUCGGGAAGACGUCGGCGAGUUCAAGAAGCUACGUGACAACAUGCUGGACAAGGGCAUCAAGGUCAUCUCAUAUGGAGACGAGUAUGCCGACCUGCCCGAGUACUUCGAGAGGUUGGCCAAUGAAAUCUGCAACCGUGAUGUGUCUACUAACGGCUGGGGGUCUCCCUCACAAAACGGGGAGGAACAGCAGAACGGCUUUAACACACAGAAAAGCCUCCUUCAAGACUAUCAUUCUUGACAGGCACAGUCGGGAUCAGUAUCAGUCAUUUUCCUCCACAGCUCCAUCAAGAGAUCAGUCUACUUUUGAGUAGAACUGAAGUCUGGUUUCAAUCAAUGGAUUUAUGAAUCCAGGAACACUAUGGGCCAUGGGAGACCGAAAAGCAGUUGUCAGUAUUUUCCGGGUGUACGUUAUUUUCCUUUAUUGGUUCUUGUUUAAAAGGGAAAUGAGAAGUUUCAAAUGGCAAUAAACAACUUCGCAGUCCCACUGUACUGUAUGUUGCUAAACAUCUGGGAACCUAUAGAAGAAAAGAAUGUUUUGCAGAUAAUUGAAUGGGAUGUUCUUAACUUCAUCUUGACGAAAAUCAUCCAUCUGAAUCCACUGACAGAAGUUCACUGUGCCGCAUUGAUUCCUUGAAUUCAUGAAUUUGGACCUGGAUCAGCUCUGCCUACCUACCCUGUAAGAGAAGUUCUAGGUUCAAGCUGUAAUGCACAUCACAUGCUCUUAACUGAAAACCGUCUUGUGUUGCUAUGUAAGGAUUGUAUCUGUCAUGCUCAACCCUGAAACCAGGAAAACAUGAUUUGCACACUACUGGGUUGGGAAUGGGUAGAAAUAAUUCUUUCGGUCAUAGAUGGUCACUUGGCUUGCAAACGCAUUGUUAUGAUUAUGUCCUCAAAAAAAAAAGAGUUAUGUUUUCAUUGCAGAGGCUCCAAGCCAGUAGCAACCACUUUGCCACUCCUGUGCUGAAAAUGUUCUAUGUAAGCCUUUUUUUUUUGUAUUUUUAAUACUUGCAUGUGUUCUCUGACAUAGUAUUUAUAAGUACUAUUUUCAAAAAUAAAUCUUUUGGUAUCUCAUGUUUCAUGUUUGCACAUCAAAUAAAAGACCACACUGAAAAUGCAACACAUGACAGAACAAGUUCCACUUUACAGGCUGUCAUAGCGUAGAGCAGCUUUUUAUUUAGAAAUGUUUACAUUCUCAUAAAUUAGCUCAAAUCUUCUGUAUAACUCUGUAUUCUUCUCUUAAAGGGGGGGCUAGAGAUAUUUAAGACUUCUUUCUUCUUACAAAUGAAGAGUAAAUCACGGGGAAAAACAUAAAUAGAAGGGGCAAAGAAUUGAAAGUGACCACACAGAAGGUGAGGUCUAAUCUAUGGAAAGGGAAAAAAAAAAAAUGAAAUUACAAAAUAUCUUCCCACUUUUCAUCAACUACAAACUUAGAGAUCAAAGCCUCCAUUUCUGAAUGCAAAUGUGUUAACUGUUAGGUAGGAGCUCUGAGAGAAGAUGUUCAUAGAACAAUCCAUCCACAAAUGGUGUACCGCAGUUGUUAGUGUUCAGGAGAUGUUUAUCUACUGCCCCAUUUUUACAGUGAGAGUCAAAGUCAUCAAUGAGUCUUUACAACUAAAUGCUUGCUUUCCCCAGGGGAGUACAUCAUCAAUGCUGAUAUUCAUGCCUACUUUAUGAAUGAGAAAGAUUCAGACUGCUCCAUAAGAGUGUUUCUGAGCUGAACUGCCAUGUUACUCAUGAUAGAUAACCACCCGUGUAGUGAAACUAAAAAAAAAAAAAAAAAA